GCAAAGGGAUAAAACUACAUCUCCCAUCAUGCCGUGCUGGUGCCCGCCUCCUGGGGGGGCUGUACCCGGCUGAUGGGCAGAUGUACGGGAGGCAGUGAGUAAUCGUGAGCCGUGACUGUGUGGUGGCGGUGGCAUCGGUCGCGCUGCGACGCCCGUCGGGAUGUCCGGUGACAUUGAGCAGUUGAAGCAGCAGCUCCUGGUGUCGCAGUUUGUGCUGGCGGCCGGGUGCGCCACGGACCAGGCCGAGCAGCUGCUUAGGGCCGCGCACUGGCAGUAUGAGACCGCCCUUAGCGCCUUCUUCCAGGAGACCAACCACCCGUAUAUACCGCACCACCAGAUGAUGGGGACUCCAGCCAACACCCCGGCGACCCCUCCCAACUUUCCCGACGCCCUCACCAUGUUUUCCCGCCUGAAAGCCUCAGAAAGCGGAUACCUCACGUCCUUGGCCACGUCCCCACCACUCCACCAGGGCGGCAUCAGCAGCGGCCAUUUUCCCCAGGACCCCAGGGCCCAGCAGCAGCCGGGUAUGGGCAUAACCUUCCCCGGAGGGGCACAGCACGCCAACAACACUAGAGGAGCAGACGCCAACCCAGCGGCCGAAGCGGAGAGAUGAGGCGGUGCGGACUGACGGGUCACCGAGCAGGAGGCAGGAAUCGGGGGGCGCAUAGACUUUAAUCCGCCAUCUGAGACCUGCAGAGCAUUGCUUCGUAGAGGCAGCAGGGAUCUCACCAUAGCAAUACGGCAGCGGCGGCCAUCUUUGUUUCUGACACUUUUAUUACCUCACUCGCCUGCAGAGCAUCGCACUGCUCCAUCCACCGGCCUCCUUCCUUUACUAGAGAGAGACACUCUGCGGGGAUGUCAGCCAUACCUCAGACCGCAUCAUAUGCUGGGGCAGAGCAUCUCCGGGCGUCAGCCAUCUUUUCUCCAGGAGCUUACCACGUAGGGAUUUGUGUUUUCGUUUUUUUUUUUGGAUAAAGUCAUUUAACCCUUCGAUGUCAUUUAAUACGGACGUUCCUGUAGCGGUUUUAAAGAGUUGACGACAAAUAAAUAUUUUAAUCUUUUACACACUGUGGUGACCUGACGUCGCCCGGAUCUGUCAUAAAAACCCGGAGGAACUUGCCAAAAAAAUAUAUAUUUUGAAAAAUGAUCUGAAAAAAAGAUUUUUUAUAUCUUGCAUUAGUGGGCCAAAGCCUGAGGCUGCACUACUGAGAUAUUUCAUGUAUGAAUUUGCCAGACACAUCAAUCUAUGGUUGACCUGGUUCAGAAUAGAGAUGGUAUUGUGUGUGUAAUGUUGUGGGUUUCCAUGGCAACACAGUACAGGUGGGGACAGUAGUGCAGCCUCAGGCUUUUGGCCUGUAUCUUUGAUUAUACCUCAGUCUAGAACAGUGUUUCCCAACCAUGGUGCCUCCAGCUGUUUCAAAACUACAAAUCCCAACCUUUCCCCUGACAGCCGAUGGCUGACCGGGCAUGCUGGGAGUUGUAGUUUUGCAACUGUUUUACAGCAGCGCCCUGUUCAUGACUUGCUCACCUUCCCAUCUGUGCCCAUAACUGA